UGAGCCGUGCAUUGAUUAUCAACAGUUUGAUGCAGGGGAGCUCUAUCAAGCCAUGUCCAGUUUACGAGAAAAACAUCUAUAAAUUGAAAAAUCAGGACAAGAAUUUACUGCACUAUUACGAGAGAGUCGUCUAUAACGUAAACGAAAAAGGUAUACAUACAUUGGAGUAUAUCAGUGAUAUAGCGAGCGCUUAAAAUGUAGCCAUUAAAUUUUGACGUAAUUGAUAACCAAGUGUUUUGAGCAAAUAAGCUGAGGUGCGUAAAACGUUGUUCUUGAUAGAAAAAAUGUUGUGAUCGACGAGCAAAAUGACGCGCUUGAAGGGCCGAACGUCAAUGACAAUCAUCUUAAUGAUUGUGUUUGCUUUAUUAAUCAUUGUCUACCACAUAGUCAGUAGCGAAGUCGAGGACGUCUCGUCGACCAAGCUUCGUCCACACGCUAAAUUGGACGAUGAAGAUUUUACCGAUAAUCCGAACGAUGCUCUGAGAAGACAGAAAUUAGAGGCCCAAAUGAUGGGUAAUUUGAGAUCUAAUAAUAGAUUUGGAGAUUUUGAUAAAGACGUAGAUAGAAGUUCGUAUGAAAUUAACUCCCUUUAUAAAGGGCAUAAAAUAGUACAUCUAGAUCUAAAAGGUGCUCCUCCAGUGAUUAAUUAUUAUAAGUAUCUGUUCCCACUGAUAAAGAAGUUGGGAGCCACGGGAGUACUCAUAGAGUACGAGGACAUGUUUCCAUUUAAAGAUGACCUAGGUGGCAUCAGUGCUGAAAAUUGUUACUCCAAGAGUGAAAUAAUGGCAAUACAAGAAAUAGCCAAAGAGAACAACCUCAUUAUUAUCCCAUUGAUUCAAACUUUUGGCCACUUAGAAUUUGUUUUAAAGCUUAAAAAGUAUAUUGAUUAUCGAGAAGUUGUCCGUUAUCCCCAAGUUGUAUGCCCUACGUACAAUAAAACUAUACAUCUCAUCUACAACAUGAUAGAUCAAGUUGUUGCCAUGCAUCCUCACAUAAAGUAUUUACAUAUUGGGGCAGACGAAGUUUAUCAGUUAGGGGAGUGUAAUAGGUGUUUAGAAGUAAUGUCAAGAUAUCAAUGGACUAAGAGGCAGUUAUUUCUUAAUCAUGUGCACGUUGUAGCAUCUUACAUUAAAAAAAAGUACCCCCACCUCACAGUUCUCAUGUGGGAUGAUGAAUUCAGAGAAAUAGAUCCGCAGGAGAUUAUUGAUAAAGGCUUAAAUAAAUUAGUGGAACCAGUUGUAUGGAAAUAUACAACGGAUCCUGUAUCUGCAUUGACUGAUCAGUUGUGGGAAAAUUAUGCAAUAGUUUGGAAAUCAGUUUGGGUGGCAACUGCAUUUAAAGGUGCAACAGCACCUGAUAGAUAUUAUACAGAUAUAUCCUAUCACAUGGAAAAUCAUCAACGCUGGUUAGAGAUUAUUGCUAGGCAAUCAAAGCAUUUGCACUUUCGAGGGGUAAUGCUCACUGGCUGGCAGAGGUAUGAUCACUUUAGUGUUUUGUGUGAACUAUUACCGUCAGCACUGCCAUCGCUAGCAAUCAAUUUAAUGGUUCUGCAGUCUUCGGAUUACACCACCUUUCCUGUUGAAGUACCUCGAAAAAUUAUGGAAAUUUUAAGCUGUGAUGGUAUAAUUACUUUAAGUCUUCCAGAACCACAGUAUGGAUGGACAAAGUGUAACUAUUUUGGAGCUUCCGUAUACUCUGCAACACUUCGCCUCCAUUCAUUGUGCCAAGAAAUCGCUAGGAUGGAACAGGAUAGUACAUUCAAGGGCUGGUUGAAGCCGUAUAAUAUCAAGUAUGCUUUUUCAAAUCCUAGUCAUGUAGAGAGAGCAGUGGCUGAGCUUGACAGAUACAAAAUGGAAAUCAUCUACAUCGAGAAAGAGAUGAAAAGUGCGAUGGAAGGAAUUUAUACCAAUUAUACGGUUCAAGAAUGGUUGGAAACUUACUUGUAUCCUUUAAACGACAAAGUCAUGGCCUUAUGGGAUGCUAAAGAGAAAAUACUCGAGAGGGAUUCGUGGCCUAGGAGACCACUAACAAAGCCUCCAGACUUAUAACGAAUAAUUUUUGUUCAGUAGGGCCAAAUUAGCCCUUAGGGUGCGCGUAGAGCAUAUGUAGAGCUUAGAUUUUGUUGGAGUGCAAACCAUUUGAGAGUAAAAGUUUUUCACCGUCCAGUAGCAAAGACUAACUAUAUGUAAGAGCGUAGACACAUAGACAUCAUGACACGUGUACAUACAUUAAAAUGCGUAUAAGUAUUUGAUUAUAAACGGUUACUAUCAGUACUCAGUGCUAGUAAGAGUUGUGGAAAUUCACGACAUGACAUAAAUUAUCGACAUUAUUAUGCUUCCAAAAAGAAAACUUUAAGAAUGAUUUACUUAAAAAUAAGUUGGCCAAAAACAGCGUCGUUAUACGAAAUAUGUAUAAAUCUAUAAUGCGAGUACAUUUUCUUUUGAUAAUGUCAAUUAAAAGACUUUCAAAGAUGUAUCGAGAAAAUUUUAUAGGGAAAAAGUGAAAAAAAAAGUGAAUAAUGCUACUAUAGCGUUUAAUGUUAAAUAAAAAGUAAUAAAAAUAAGGUUUCAAAGCACGCUUUGCUUUUUACGAACUUUAUAUUGUAAAAACAAAAUGCGCAAUUCGUUUAUGUACAAUCCUGAUUUUAUUAUCGAUUCGAUUGAGGCACAUCAGGUGUUUGCUGUACAAUUCGAUUGUAACGUUAAAAAUUUACUUAAGACUGCGUUGAUUCGUCUGGCUCGAUAUACAUACUAUUUUCAUUGCGUUUUCGUGCAAAAUUGCCGACACGUCGUUUGUUCGCUAUAUUACACAAUAUGUAUAACCAUUAUUGUACGAACUAAGCAAUGCAUAUAUUAAACUUGUUUUUAUCAAACUAUGUAUAAAA